UCUCGGUUCGCUGUCAGCUCAGCAGUGAGCGGCUGGUCGUCCUCGAGGGGACAGUCGUUGGUUUAGCAACUCGCGUUCAGGCAUCUCUCGCAACGACGUCGUAUUAUUAUACAUCUCGAGACUUCGAGAGAUCGGCGCCCGCAGAGAGUGUUGGCUCGUCCUCAUCCGACAGGCGAUUGUGUGCAGAUAGUACACCCCCGCCGCGCGCAUCAUAGUUAUUGUGUCGCGCGAGGGAGUGGCGAGCAGUUCGAUCUGCCGAAAAGUGUCACAUCUGUUUUCCUGUACACGUCGUCGCUCACACGUCGUCGGCGUCGUUCUGCGUGCAUAUCGUGCGCGGCUAUACGUACAGCUGGAAAAGCCAUAGACGGGCAUAAUCGUCGUCGUCGUCGUCGGUGCAUGUGUGUACGUGUGUGCCACCACUGCUCCGGAGCGAGAGCUGCUGUGCCUCCGCUACUGUGAACACACUAGAGCCGGAGAGAGAAAAGAGUCUGAAGUGCCAGCGAAGUAGGAGGAGGAGGAGGAGGAGGUAGGCAGAGAGGGAUCGUUAAUGCUGUUCGGGACAUGGACUAUAGGUGAUGAGCGUGGUGUGCUUGAAAUCCUCCUUGGAAGAAAGCAUUCAUAACGGCGAGCAUCAUCACAAGGAGGCCGCUCUCACGUUCCCGGAGUUGGAGCCGCAAACGCCGAGGGACUGUCCCGCUGCCGCGACACCGACCACCUCCAAAGUCAUAUCCACCGACGAGCUGGCUCUAUUAGCUAAACUGGAAGAGGCCAAUAGGCUAAGCAAAAAAUAUCUGCUCGGCAGGCUAAUCGAGUCGGACGCGAAAUCGCUGAGCUCGCUGCAGAGUAACCACAGUAGAAAGGGCUCGGACACCUCGCAGGUGUCCCUGGCAUCGGGCUGCAGCAGCGCGAACGGCGCCGUCGAUACAAACUCGACGGCGACCAGCUCCGCUGCUGUAGCCCAACGGCCUAACAAUGCCACGAGCAACAACAGCAGCAACAAUACCGACGGCGAGGAGAACACCUGGACGCUAUGGGGUAACAUCGUCGCCGACUGGGAUAACCAGUGGAAGAAGAGGAAGGACUUUGUCAAGGAACUCGUGCGACAGGGCAUCCCCCAUCACUUCAGGGGCAUCGUCUGGCAGUUGCUCUGCGGCGCGCACGACUCGCCGGUGAAGAAGCAGUUCGCCGAGUACAUAAAAUGCACCUCGGCUUGCGAGCGAAUAAUCCGGCGGGACAUAGCCCGCACCUAUCCGGAGCACGACUUCUUCAAGGAGAAGGACGGCCUCGGACAGGAGAGCCUCUUCAACGUCAUGAAGGCCUACAGCCUGUACGACCGCGAGGUCGGCUACUGCCAGGGCUCCGGCUUUAUAGUCGGGCUUCUGCUCAUGCAGCAAAUGCCCGAGGAAGAAGCGUUCGCCGUUCUGGUGGCUCUGAUGCAGGAGUACAGGCUUCGCGACAUGUUCAAGCCCUCGAUGGCUGAACUGGGUGUCUGCAUGUACCAGCUGGAACAUCUGGUGGCAGACACGCAUCCGGAAUUGUACGCUCACUUCACCGCCCAGGGCUUCCACACUUCGAUGUACGCAUCCUCCUGGUUCCUCACGCUCUUCACCACUGCCCUCAGUCUGCCGCUCGCCUGUCGCAUCUUCGACGUCUUCCUAUCCGAGGGCAUGGAGACCAUAUUCAAGGUCGCUCUCGCCAUGCUGCAGCUCGGCAAGGAGGAAUUGCUUAGCUUGGACAUGGAGGGAAUGCUUAAGUUCUUUCAAAAAGAACUGCCCGGCCGAGCCGAAGCAGACCCAGACCGCCUCAUGAACAUCGCCUACAGCAUGAAGAUCAACCCCAAGCGAAUGAAGAAGCUGGAAAAGGACUACACCGUUUUGAAAAUGAAGGAGCAGGAGGAGAUGGUGGAGCUGCGAAGACUCAGAGCAGAAAACAGGCUACUCAGGCAACGAACCGAGCUUCUCGAGGCUGAAUCCGCUGAACUAGCCGACAGACUAGUUCGAGGCCAGGUCUCGCGUGCCGAGGAGGAAGAGACAGCCUUCGUGAUUCAGCGCGAGCUGACGGCUCUUCGUCAUACACACCUGGAGACGUCGCAUCAGCUGGAACAGGCUCAUGAGGAGCUGCGAUCGUUGUCGAUACUGCUCGAGGAGAACGUCAACUCGAAGCAGUCGUCCCUUGACGAGAUCAGUCUGAAGCAGGAGGCUCUCUCUCAAAAGGAGGAGAUGAUUCAGUGCUUGCAGGAAGAACUCGUGAGGGUGAGGCUGCACGAGGCGGAAAACGAUGCGACGAUCAGAGAUCUCAGGGCCAGAAUUCAGGAGCUCGAGCAGGAUAAGAAAACGUUGAGGGAGAGCACACCCGACAAUUCCGUUGCGCAUUUGCAAGAGGAACUCAUUGCUGUGAAGCUUAGAGAAGCCGAGGCGAACUUGUCAUUAAAGGAUCUUCGCCAAAGGGUCACAGAACUGAGCACCGCCUGGCAGAAGCAUCUGCAGGAACAUCGAGCUUCUCACUCUGCCCCAGCAGCCGAUUCAACCCCGAAGAAACUGCUCUUCUGGGAAAACCGCGGUCACGAGGUGCAGAAACUCGAAGAGGACCUUAUGACCACGAGAAUACGAGAAAUGGAAGCUCUCACGGAAGUGAAAGAACUAAGGCUGAAGGUGAUGGAACUGGAGACACAGGUGCAGGUGUCCACGAAUCAGUUGCGUCGCCAGGACGAAAACGGCAAGUUACUUAAGGAUGAGCUCGAGACCGCUCUCGCUCGUCAAAAAGAGCUCGAGACGAAACUUAGAGAACAGCACGAUAGGUACUCGGAUCUUGAAUCCAAGAUGAAAGAUGAUACGAUGAUGGCGAGAAUAAGAGACGCCGAACACGCGCAGCAAGUGGCGGAGCUCACUCAAAAGAUCUCCGUUCUAGAACUUAAGAAUGAAGAAAUGCACGCCGAAGGUGAAUUGAGAAACAAUAUGGACGAUAGUGAGAGAGUUCGCGAACUGCAAGAUAAAGUCGCUGAACUAAAAGCCGAAGUAAGUGUCGAGAAGUGUCCUACACCAAUCACCAGUCCGGAGAUAGAUCUGUUGACCUGGCUCGAACCAGUGGGCGAACCUGAAAGUGUUGAGGCUGGAGAGUUGGAAGGAGCGCUGGACGGGCACCGGAAAAGCGCCGACGGUCGUGCGUAGCUGCAGCAUCGAGACGGAUGGUGGUGGCAGCGAACUCGACGACCGCGACGAUCUCAAGAUCUGCCUGCAGGACGACGUUGUCAGCCCGGCAGCCAACGACUCGUAAAAGCGGGCCCAGGGUCGUUCCGUGCAAUUCGUAAUAUUGCUUUUGUUAUCGGACUGUGAAGCGAUUUUUUCCUUUUGGAUGAUACAGAUAUUGAUCAAUGUCGUUAGGUGUCGUAGAAUCUUUUCAGCGACGGCGCAUUCACGGAGAAGCAUUUAUUUUGAAUACUAAAGAAAAAAACCGAACAUUCAUGAAAGUACACAUUCCCACAGAACUGCUUGAAAAAAAAAAUAUUUUUAAAAACUGAGGCCACUGGAAAGAUUCUAUCGCGACGCGUAUCAUGUAGGAUGAAAAAUCCGUUUGUUCUUGGUUUUCCAUUCGAACUUUACAUCGAAAUAGAUAAUAAGCCACAAGCGCCCAAUCAUUCGACGAUUUACAGGAAAAGCGUCGAGGCUUUGAAUCUGUAUUUACUAUACCAAUUUUUGUACACCUAUGAAUGCGUAUAAGGGAAAUUUAGCACAAAUGGAAAAUAAUGCCAAGCCAGAAUUGCAUGGAACGAUGUAGCCGUGAUUUUUAAAAUAGGCAGCUGAAAAAAUUUUUAUUGAAAAACGGUAAAAUACUCUGUUUUCGUAGAGAAGAAAAAAAGAGACGAUGGGAGAGGAUAGUUUCUUUCGAGGUUCAUUUUUACUGAGAAGAAAUGAUUACUUCUUCAUUCCAUACUAUUGUAUAUCGAAGUCGCGCGCGCAUUUUUCAUAAUAAACGGGACAAGUAGUUUGAGGAGGUUGUAAUCUGUCAAAAUAAUUCGUUAGCUAGAUUCCUUUUGGAAGGAGUUUGUGCGAAUUAUUUUGGUUGGUUGUUUAGGUAAUACUUAGACUUCGUAGGCACUGAACAUUUGAAAAUAUAUUUUAUCGUUGAUUUAUUCUAAAAAUCAAAUAUAAAAAUAGAUUUUUAUUAUUUUAUGUUAUUAUGUAAAGCGUUUAUAAAACUCUCAAAAUGAUUUUAUUCUGUUUUAUAAUGUACUUUAAUGUUCAAUUUUAUACCUGAAAAGUAAAGAUACUUUUCAAUGAUUUUACGUGCGAGGAUAUAAUAAUUUACGUUAAUCAUCAAAUAGAUACUAGAUUGAUUUUUAUUAACAAUCAAUUUAUAUUUUAAAUGGUUUUAAUGUAGAGUAAGAGACCAAGGUAAGACACCAAUAGGGAUGCAAGUUAGCGUUUCAAUUGGUUGUUCCGCGGUUCUACAUUUGAAGCUUUUAAACCGCUCAAUAAAAGGCGCCAAUGAAAAUAAGAGCUUCGGCUUCCACCUAGUUUCUUAGUAGUUUUCGAAUAUCUUAAACCCAAAUUUUGAAUUAAAUUUGAAUUAAUCUUAUGAGCAUUCAGUGCCCUACAAAAGUCUGCGUAGUGUUAAUGUAGUAUAAGAGUCGUACUAAGACCUGGGAAUUUUUAGCUAAUUUUCAUAAUGAACACAUACAAAGCAAUUUCCUGUGUGAAGUAAACAGACGUCAAUUGUACUAAAUAUAAUGAAAAAAAAUUGUCACAUUACAUAUAUUUAUGUUGUCAAAUAAUUUUUUUAAAGCCUCAUAGUAAUUAACAUACGAAUAUUUAAUUCUUAUGAGAGCGGUUUUUAAAUUUGUAACAGUAUUUUUCGAUACUAGCGAGGAAGUAAGCAAAGCAAAUAAGUAUUUAUAAAAUCACUCAUGUUGAGAUUAGUUCUUGAUUCUAAUUUGGCAAGCAAAAAGUAUUUUCAAUAAUGAGCAGUAUAAAUUUCAUACUCCCGAUAAACAUAAAUAAUACAACUGAAAAACGACCUUUUUCUCAAGUAUUUUUAAACGAUAAAUUUAUAUAAUAGGCCCUAACCAGAUCAAAUAAGAUCUUCAAUUAUGUGAUAAGCGACUUAAGAUUUUAGACUCUUGAUACAGAAAAACAGUGUUUACUCUUAGGAAAUCACAUUCAAUGUAGACUUAAUUACUUAGCACGUUAAGUUAUCAAAACAACGGCCAAUAAUGCUUAUAAUCUUAUUUAACAAGAAAAUUUUAUGUUUAUUUAUAAUUUAUAUAUAUAUUUUAUUAUCGUUAUUCAUUAUUCAUAAUAUGAAUGAAAAGCAAUUAAAACAUUUUAAUUACCUCGUGCUAUUUUAAAGUGUAAGUCAAGAAAACAUAAUAUACAUACGACAAUCGCUGUGACAAUUUUUUUUCGAGCGAUUUGAAUAUAAUUUAAUCAUGUAUGACUAUACGUGUAACGAAAAACUUAAAAAAAAAAUAAAAUAAUCUUAUUUUAUUGAGACAGGGAAAAAGAAAAAUAUAAAAUAAUUUAUAAAAGGAAUUAUUUAUUGAAUGAAAUGAUGUAUCGUGGUGUAGUCCCUGACAAAAAGGAAAAAUGAAAAUCGCAAAAAAGUGCAUUUUCGAGCAAUAGGUAAACUUGUGUGUAAUCUCAAAGUAGACCGACGAAAAGUCUAUGUUGUGCAUUCGUUAUAUCACAUAGAAUUUGUAUAACUGCCCGGUAUUAGCCGUGUCUUACUCAUUCCGUUGGUAGAGUGCAGGCUGCGUGUUUGUAGUUUUUACAUCGGUGGUUCAACAUAUCACGCGCACCGCUUCAAUAUUACUUCCGAUGAAUAUAUUAUAUAUUUUAUUAUUAUUACAACUAUUAUUACAAUUAUCAUUUGUUAUUAUGUUAUCUUUGUCACCGGAAAAACGCGAGACUAGCAAAGGCAAUCUUUUAUCUUUUACGUAGAGUAUACAUUUUUCUUUAAUGCCGUCCAAAAAGAUAUUCGAAGUCUAAGUAUUUUUUUAAAGUAUUAAGUUAAUAAUGAAGAAUCGCUUCCCUAACUUUAGUUUGGGAAACUCAUAUAUAGGCUUUAAAGUUAAGUUCUCCAUUUGACGAUUAACUUGGUCUUGAGUAUUUGAGAAAGUUAGUUUGAAAGACUGAAAAUUGCCUUUGCUUUGCCUAGUGGAGUUUGCAAUUUCGGGACAAAAAAUGAUAAAAACAAGCGCACGUAUUAAUGCGGUGACGAUUUCUUAACGUAUUAAUAGCUGUAACACUUGUAGCAUUGUCGUGUACGACUCUUUGUAAGUAUAAACUUACUAGCGAAUAUGUCGAGGACAUUUUGGUAAUACAUUUGUAACAAACCUUAUACCGUUGACUGUUUUCAUCGAUUUAGCCAACUUUCCGAAGAUGAAUUCGAAAUGAAAUUUCACGUAUAUGAUCUUUAUCUUAGAAUCAAUUGUAAUAGUCUAUACGGCGAAGAUGAUUUCAGAGUGUUUUAGAGCGAUUAUGCAUUGUUAUGAUUAAUUUAAUCAAGAAGUUUUCCGUUGAUCGAAAACGAAAUUGUCAGUUUAUGAUACAAUUGUCAAUGAAGGAUGCGAUAUAAAAACUAUGUCGAUUUGUUGAUAAUUCGUGUGUUACCCUUUCACUCAUUAUCCAAGCAAGUUGAAUGCUGCAAUAUUGACGGUAUUUGGUAGUAGCACAGAAUCUUGUUUUAUAGAUUAUACAAGCAUCCUUUUCUUCCAUUUCUUUUCAAGGUUCAACUUAACAACGUAUGCGUGCGUUAUAUAUUAGAUUUUAUACCAAACCUGUUAAAAAAAAAAACUUGUGCUACUACCCGAACCAAUCAUACCGACGCAUCGAAUCAUACGAUUUUUAUGGCUGAAUAAGCAAGGCUUGUAAAACAGUGACUUUUUUUGCAAUGCGUUCCGACCACAAUAUUUAUUUAAGAAUAUAUACGAGGUAUUUUCUAUGUAAAAAAAAAAGAAUAUUAAACGAUGAAAUCGAUCGAAGUCUACAA